GAUUCAGUUGUGUGCGCCAUCAAUUUGUGUCAGCUAUCCUAUCCUUAAGAUGCCAUCAUCUUAUGACGUACUGUCGGUUGGAACGGGCGAGACGGUUGUGCUGGCGGGAAUCUCCGGGCGAUUCCCCCAGACGGACAAUAUGCGGGACUUUGCGCGCAAUCUGUACGAGAAGCGCGAUCUGGUGGACGAUCGGGAGCUACGAUGGAAACACAUAAUGCCGGAUGUGCCCAAGCGGACGGGGAAGGUCAACAAUCUGGACCGGUUUGAUUGGGAGUUUUUCGGAGUAGAUCGGCUGCAGCGAGAUACGAUGGAUCCGCAGCAGCGGAUGCUGAUCGAGCACACGUACGAGGCCAUCCUGGAUGCGGGUGUGAAUCCGGAGAGUAUUCGGGGCUCCCGAACGGGAGUGUUUUGUGGGAUUUGCUUCUCGGAGACGGAAGUGAGAAUGUACUACAAGGCGUGUCCCCCGGAUGGGUUGGGGCUUCUAGGCUGUGCCAAAUCACAGAUGGCGAAUCGGGUAUCCUACAUGAUGGAUUUCAAAGGUCCCUCGUUCGUAGUUGAUACGGCGUGUAGCAGUUCGAUGUAUGCACUGGAUAUCGCCUACAGAAGUAUGAUGAACGGAGAGUGUGAUGCAGCGAUUGUCAUGGGGUGUAACCUUACGUUGCAUCCGUACAUAACCUAUCAGUUCGCCCUGUUGGGCGUGCUUUCGAAAGACGGUUACUGUCGACCUUUCGAUAAAGACGCCACUGGUUAUUCACGGUCGGAAGCUGCUUGUGCCGUGUUUUUGCAGAAGGCAAAGGACGCCAAACGAAUCUACAGCUAUCUUGUUCACUCGAAAACAAAUUGUGAUGGGUUCAAGCCGGAAGGCAUCACUUAUCCUUCGGGCAUGCUUCAGCAGCAGCUGUUGAAUGAAUUUUACAGCGAAGUUGGGAUCGCUCCAAAAGAUGUUGACUAUGUGGAAGCCCAUAGCACCGGGACGUUUGUCGGUGAUCCGGAAGAGUGCGAAGCGAUAGACAAGGUAUAUUGUGCUGGGCGUAAGCGCCCACUGCCGGUUGGUUCGGUUAAAUCCAGCAUUGGUCAUUCGGAGGCUUCGGCGGGUGUAUGCUCGAUCGCGAAAUGCAUCAUAGCAAUGGAGAAUGGAAUAAUCCCACCAAAUAUUCACUACGUAGAGCCUAAACCAACCAUUGAGUCGUUGGUGAAAGGUCGAUUGAAGGUAAUUGUUGAAGCCACUCCACUGGACGGACCGCUGGUCGCUAUCAAUUGUUUUGGAUUCGGAGGAGCCAAUGCUCAUGCGCUGUUGUGUCGCAACUUGAAGGAGAAGAAAAACCACGGUCUACCGGGCGAUGACAUUCCAAGGCUUGCGGUAUGGUCUGGGCGGACGAAAGAGGCGGUAGUGACCAUGCUGCAGGAUGUUGCUAAGCGACCACUGGAUACCGAAUUUUUUGCACUGCUAUACAACAUCCAAAAACAGGCUACGCCUGGCCACCGAUAUCGAGGAUUUGGUGUCUAUCGAAAGAAUGAUGAUAGGCCUUCGAUUCCGUUGAAAACAUGCGUCGAUCGGAUCCAAUUGGAUGUACUUCCGCUGACUGCCGUUUUCGGGGGCAUCAACGUUCAUUGGAGAGAGGAUCUGGAUAGCUUGGGACGAUUUCCACAAGUAGAACUCACAUUUGCUAGGUGCAAUCAGGUAUUGAACACACUGAAGUUCGAUUUGAGCAAAGAAGGGCCCAAUGAAGUUUUGUAUAAUAUGGUUGGAACGACCGUACUGCAGCUGGCGUUGGUCGAUCUACUAAGCUCGAUCGGUGUUGAGUUUGACUUUUAUGCGGGUCAUUCAGUAGGUCAAAUCACCUGUGGGUACAUCGAUCUUUGUUUGAACCUGGAACAGGCUAUCAAGUUGGCUUUCUUGCAUGGAUUGAUACACUCCGACUGUAGAGUAAGCCAAGAUGCGGUCGGGUUUGUGAAAAUGAACUCCAAGCUUGAUCGGAUUCCCAUAUGUAACGUAGUGAAAGAUGAGGAAUCUACAUUUGGAGUGUUUGGAGGUGAUAAACGAACCAUAGCCGACCAACUGCACUCUCUUGCUUCCAGUGGUCUUUUUGUGGGGGAGCUACCGUUCCAGAUCUUGCGUUGUGGGUCAUCCAAAUAUCGCACGCUUGUUGCCAACCUGCAACGAUCGGUUCAUGAAGUGCUCCCCAGAACGUUUGUGACGACUUCCAAGUGGAUUACUGCCAAGAUGCUGCCAACGCAUUCAUUGUUCCAUUCGCCCACUAUCCAUGAACCUGCAUCGGUCGUUAAUUUGCUCACAAAAAUACCCAGACGUACUUACAUCUUAGAGCUUGGCACUAGAGGAUCCUGUGAGAAGGUGUUGAGCAUUCUCAAUCGAAACUCAAGUUUCAUUCAUCCGGAUCUGGAGUUUUCCGAUGCGAUUGGGAAGUUACUCAGCACAGUCGGACGGUUACAUCUGACCGGUCAAACCCUCCACAUCGAUAAACUUUACCCGGCGGUUCAGUUUCCGGUCUCGCGAGGGACCACUAUGAUCUCUCCCUUGAUCCGCUGGGAUCACCUGGAGUCGGCCCAUGUAGUGAAGUACAGCUGGGAUGAAACCGACAAAUCGGGCAUCUUGAGCUUCAAGAUAAAUUUGUCCGAUCAAAACUACAAAUUCGUGGCGGGCCACUGUAUCGAUGGGCGAAUUCUGUUUCCUGCCACCGGUUAUCUACAACUUGUUUGGGAGCUGCUGUCAUAUCUAGCCCAUCGGGAGCUAUCGGAUUACGCGCUGGAGUUUGAGGAAGUGCGAUUCCUGCGGGCGACCACAAUCACCGCAGGUCAAUCAGUGAGGCUGCUUGUCGUGAUCCAGGAUGUGUCUGGGUUUUUCGAGAUAUUGGAGGGCGAUACGGUAGUGGUGACUGGCUACGCACGUUCUCUGAGCACUCCCGAUAAGGGAUCAUCUGCCAGUUCUCCUGAGGGCACAAAUACGGCUGUCAAUCUACCAACCAAAGAUUUCUACAAAGAACUACGGCUACGGGGCUAUCAUUACACGGGACUUUUCAAGUCUGUGUUGAACGCUCGAUCUGAUGGAGCUCAGGCAAGAAUUCAGUGGAAUGGAAACUGGGUAGCAUUUUUGGAUUGUAUGCUGCAGGUCGGAAUCAUUGCGGUUGAUACACGAUCUCUCAUGGUGCCGACUGAAAUAGACAAAAUCACAAUUGCCCCGAAGGUUCAUCUAUCACUGAUGGAACGAGACGCUGAGGAACGCGACUUCUACACCAUGAACUAUUGCUCGAAUACAAAUGUAUCCACCUGUGGAGGAAUAACGAUAUCGAAUCCACGUGUGAGCAUCAUUGGAAGAAGGAAUCCUCCAGGUUUUCCAGUACUUGAAACGUACCACUUCGUCCCGUAUCGCUCCGAGGGAAAUGUUACAGCGAAGGAAGCCAUAAGAAUGUGUGUCCAGCUGGCGCUGGAGAAUGUUCCCACCCUAUCGGUGUAUGUCGCAGAAGUACACAACGAACGCCUCCCGCCGGUGGUACAUUGGUUUGGGGAGGCUGUUGCGGAUCUACCGUUGGUAAAAUCCAACCUUACUUUGUUAUCGAACUUAACGCUGGAGCUGGACAAUGUCGAGGUCAAAAACGAUACCUUAGCUGACCACACAAACCUGCUGUUUCUGGUCACGAGUGGCAAUCUGGAUGACCAGAACUUCCAAAAAAGCAUUGACGCAUGCUUGGUGGAUUGUGGAUUCGUUCUCCUUCGUCAGAGCGUAGACUUCAGCGCGAAGAAGUUCAUCUGUCCAGAUAACUUGAAUCUCCUAAGCACAUACCGCGUGGAUGACAGCGAAUCCUUCGUCCUUUUCCAACGCAAGAGUAAGUCGUUCCACGAAUCACCCAUCUCAGUUCGGGUGCGUUCCAGUGACUUCAGCUGGUUGGGGGAGCUGAAGAAAGCGGUAAAGUUCCGCCCCGUUGUGUUGUACUCCCAGGAAGACUCAACAUCUGGCAUCAUCGGGCUUGUGAACUGUAUCCGGAAGGAGCCCAAGCUGCAGAGCGUUCGCUGCGUUUUCAUUGACGACCCCGCAGCUCCUCCUUUUGACCUGAGCGAGCCAUUCUAUCAACGACAGCUGGAUCUGGGACUGGCGGUGAACGUUUACAGGGGUGGCGCUUGGGGCAGCUAUCGUCACGCGCUCUUGCGUAGUGUUGAGAAAACGGAACCAGUCCGGGGUCAUUGUUACGCGAACUGUUUCACGAAGGGUGACCUCUCGUCGAUGAUGUGGUUCACAGGUGCGAUGAAUGAGCGGUCCAAUGUGAGGAACAAAGCGCGUGCCAUGUAUUGCUCGUUGAACUUCCGCGAUGCGAUGGUUGUGACUGGCAGAUUAUCGUCGGAUGUUCUGGCGUCCGAUCGGCUCGACCAGGAGUGCGAGCUGGGCUUCGAGUUCGCGGGGGUUACCGAAGAUGGCACAAGGGUCAUGGGCGCUAAGCAGUCGGGUGCUCUGGCUACCUUGGUAGAGUAUGAUCCCCUGCUUACGUGGAUCGUUCCCGAAUCGUGGAGUCUGCAGGAUGCCUGUACGGUUCCCAUUGUGUAUGGAACUGUUUUCAUGGCAUUCUUCAUAAACGGAAGCAUCCGCAAGGAACAGUCCAUCUUGAUCCAUGCCGGUAGUGGAGGCGUUGGACUGGCGGCUAUACAGGUGGCACUCGUGAAUGGUUUGGAGGUGUUCACUACGGUCAGUACGGAGGAGAAAAAGACGUUCCUAUUGCAGCGGUUUCCUUCGCUGCGGAAAGAAAACAUUGGACAUUCCAGAGAUACUUCAUUCGAGCAGCUGGUUAAAAUUCGUACCAACGGUAGGGGCGUUGAUUACGUGCUGAAUUCAUUAGCGGACGACAAACUGCAGGCGUCGAUUCGCUGCCUUGGUAAGGGUGGCCAUUUUCUGGAAAUUGGAAAGUAUGACAUGGCUAGGAAUACGAAACUUUCCAUGCAACUAUUCCGUAAGGGGCUUACGUUCAGCAGCAUAAUGUUGGAUCUGUUGUUCAAAGGAGUGUCAACUAUGAAGCAGACCCUGCAUACACUCGUCCGGAAAGGUCUGGCAGAUGGGGCCAUAAAGCCAUUGAACACAACCGAGUUCAACGCAUCGGAGUUGGAGAAAGCAAUGCGUUUCUUGGCAAGCGGUAAACACACCGGAAAAAUUUUGAUAAAACUUCGCCAACAUGAAAAGGAUCUUGAGAGUUUACCCAUUACGUAUGUCCCCAGGGAGUAUUGUAAUCCAGAACAGGUCUGUGUAAUCGUCGGGGGACUCGGUGGAUUCGGAUUGGAGUUGGCCGAUUGGUUGAUCAUCAGAGGCUGCAGGAAACUCGUGCUGAGUUCCAGCAGGGGAGUGACGAAGCCAUAUCAGAAAUACAGAAUACAACUUUGGAACAGCUACGGAGUCAAGACGAUUGUAUCAACGGCAGACGUAACCAACUUGGAUGGCUGUCGCACCCUUCUACGAUCCGCUACGGCCUUCGGAGUGGUAUCAUCAAUCUUCAACCUCGCAGUGCAACUGCGUGAUUCCAUCCUGGAUAACCAGACGGUGGAGAGUUUCAUCGAAUCCCUUGCACCGAAGGCGAAAGCCACCGAAUAUUUAGAUAAGGCAAGCCGCGAGCUCUGUCCCCGGCUCAAGCAGUUUGUAGUCUUCAGCAGUGUUUCCUGCGGUCGAGGUAACGCAGGGCAGAGUAACUACGGCAUGGCGAAUUCGGUGAUGGAACGGAUUAUCGAGCGGAGACGGGCGGAUGGGUUCCCUGCGAAGGCAAUCCAAUGGGGUGCCAUCGGAGAGGUUGGUUUGGUAGCCGACAUGGCGGAGGAUAAAGUUGACAUGGAAAUAGGGGGAACACUACAGCAACGGAUUUCCUCCUGUCUCCAGGAGUUGGAUCGAUUGCUGGUCGGUGACGAGCCGAUCGUUGCGAGCAUGGUUGUGGCGGAGAAACGCGCAGGUAGUGGUUCCAAGAAUAUUAUCGAAGCCGUUAUGAACAUUAUGAGCAUACGGGAGCUAAAGUCCGUUUCAAUGGAAAGUACCCUGGCAGAUAUCGGAAUGGAUUCGCUAAUGGCGGUGGAAAUCAAGCAGCUCCUUGAGCGGGACUUCGAUUUGAUCCUGACGCCGCAGGAGCUACGAACACUCACAUUCGCCAAGUUGCUAAAAAUGGAAGAUGAAAAGAUGCAUUCAGACCAGGAAGCGAAGAAUAAAGACGGAGGCGUCACCAUUGGGAUGCAAAUGCUGCUAAGAAACCUUGGUAAUGAAGAUAACAGCGGCAAAACGAUUCUUCGGCUGGCGUCAGCCAGCGAUCAUGGUCGUCCUAUCUUGAUCAUCCCUGGACUUGAGGGAGUGGCCGGAAAUGUGUGGAUCUCCAUUGCGGCUAGAGUGAAUGCACCAGUGCUUAUGCUGCAGCUGAUGGCCACCCUGGAGUGUGACAGUAUUCCUGCGAUCGUGGACUGCGUUAUCGACGAGUUGUGCAGCACGGUUUUCAACCAAAACGAAGACUACGCGGUUGUAGGUUAUUCUUUCGGAUCUUUCGUAGCCAUUGAGAUAACAAAACGUCUACAGGCGAAGGGAAUGCAUGGAAAACUGUUACUACUGGACGGAGCCCCGAAAUUUCUCAAAACGCUCUCCCUCAAACAGAUGGGCGAUAAUCCAUCCGACGAGGAAGUCCAGCGAGUUUUACUGUCCUUAUUCCUCUCGAUCGCAUUCCCCAAUCAACCUACGGAUAAGAUUCUCUCAACUAUGGCUGUGUCCACCUUCAACGACCAGAUCGAGAAACUGAUUGAGUUGACCAAGGAUGAAAAUGCGUACACUCCAGAUUAUACGAGAAGAAUGGUGAGAGCCCUGUUCAAAAGAUUGAAGAUGGCUGCCUUGUUCGAGCUGGAGGACAAUCAACCGUUGGAUCUGCCAAUUAUGCUGGUACGGCCGACUGAGCUGUCCUACGCGAAUAUUGAAGAAGAUUACGGACUGUCCAAUUACACGACCGGCGCGAUCACGCUGCGGAGGAUCGAAGGCAGUCACAUGACGAUGUUGGAAAAUCCAGCUCUACCGGAGAUUAUAAAUAGCUUCAAUCUGUAGCGAUAGAGUGUAACUGUGUUCAUAUAUAUGUUGCUAUUCCAAUAAAUGAUGUGCAUAGCGCAAAUCUUGC